GCCAUGCAGAAGUACAAGCACCUCAACCGGAACAUGAAGAAGAUCGAGCGCGAGGAGUGGGCGCCCAAACUGUACACUGAGGCAAAGGCGAAGCGCGAGAAGGCGAAGAUCGAGACGGACACCCAGCGAGAGUGGGGCACGAUGAUGAACCUGGACUC